AUGGGAGCUAUCUCAAAUGGUCACAAGGGGAGAGAGAGGGAUACAGAAAAGGUUGAGAAAAGCGGCGUGAGAGAGAGGUCUGUAAAAGACCAGCGGCAGGAUGGGAUUUUUGAUCAUUACGGAAACUACCCACUCAAGAUUGCGCUCUAUCGAGCCUUUGUCUUCAACACGGCGAUUAAGUACCAGUGGCAGGAUUCACACUAUGAUUGCACGCCGUCCUGUCAUCAUCAUGGUGACGCUGCUCUUUUCCCUCGUGUCAAUUUGAAUACUAGACAUGAACUUCUCCAUGAUCAUCUCCUUUCGCUUGCUUGCUCUGUGUCACGGUCACGACUUCCCAAUUUCCACAAGGCAUCUCACCAAGACCCGUGCUCAAGAUGCAGGAUCUCUCGGCUUCCCACCGAUCUCCUCGUCCACAUCUCAAUCCUGAUGAUCUUCACAACACACAUUCUGUACACAUACGUACAAUGUGCGCGGGAUCGUAAAGGUCAUUCCCUGCUCCCUCUCAAUUCUACAAUCCGAGAGGCUCACGAAGAACUAGAAGCUAUCAUUCCUCCUCCAACGAGGUGUUUACGCAAGGAAACAGUAUUGAAGGUUGUAGAUGUCCUGGCCUCUGAAAACGUCGUCCUCGUACGUGGGACACCAGCAAGCGGGAAGACAACCCUGUUUGAAUAUACAUUGUUGAAUGAUUGA